AUGGGUGAGCCGGCAAUAGUUUUGACUGAGUCCGAGGAGGCUACACUCGCUGAUCCUUACAAGUAUACACUCGUGGGGAAAUUUCCACAUCGCAAGCCAACCAUGAGGAAGGUACAUGAGAUUUUUUCUAAGUUUAGGUUCCAUGGUUGUUUCGAGGUGGGAUUGAUCGACACAACACACAUUCUUAUACACCUUACACAUGAGGAGGAUUACAGCAGGCUUUUUCUUAAACCUUCAUGGUAUAUUGAUGGUUGUCCGAUGAGAGUCCUUAAGUGGACAUGUGACUUUACACCUGAGCAAGAGACUCCGAUAGUUCCCGUAUGGGUAUCGUUCCCUCUGCUUCCAGUACAUUUACGUACGAAGGGGUUCCUUUUCGCCUUAUCUGGGGCAAUAGGAAUGCCCUUGAGAAUUGAUGAGGCCACCACCGACUUGAGACGACCUAGUGAGGCAAGGGUGUGCAUUGAGGUGAACUUGGGGCAUAAGUUGCCCGACAGGGUUUGGAUUGAGCGUGCUGGUAACCGUGGCUUCUGGCAGACAGUUAUCUAUGAGAAGCGGCCAAUUUUUUGCUUCUCUU